CGCGGCCGCUCAGUGUAAACAAAACCUUGGUUGGGGAAGCACGGUUCUCUCGGGAUCUCGCCUAAUUCUGUACAAAUUCUGUCUGUGAUAUUUUCAAACGGCUUAAUCGCUUAAGCCUAGGAUCUCUCCCAUGAAGCAACAUAUCUGAAGCCUCUCGCUCGUACCAUGAGAGAGGCCACACGCCGCGCAGGCCGGAAUUCGAGCUAGUUUGGGCCCAAGAUCUCCCUUCGGGUGUCGCUCUCUAUGCCGUCGUGCGAGGCCUCCGUCGCCGCCGCCGCCGCCCCCGUCUCUCCUCUUUGCUAAGCAUGCCACAACAACACGGCACGAUGGAGUAAACGCAACUUCGUAACUUGGCAGGUGGUGCAGCUGUGUGGUGUGGGUUGUGUGUAGAGUGAGCUGGUAAUUAGAAGAGAAGAUGGCGUGUGCACAGUCUCCUGCCACAGGCGCAGCAGAGAAGGGCCAAGACCUGCUAACGCCGUUGCUUGAGGCACUGACACUCGAGCCUAAGUACCAGCCCGCCUUGGCACUCCCGCACACUGCUAAGCAGGAUGGUGGGGAGAUCAGCAUGAGGAUGCGCAAUGGUUCGGCCCAUGUGCUGCGUUGCUUGAAGGUGUGGUAUGACCUUCCACCCGAUACCUUUUUCAACGCAGUCAACAUCAUGGAUCGUUUCCUCACACGCAUGAAGGCUCAGCCAAAGCAUUUGUCUUGCAUUGCUGUGAGUGCAUUCCAUCUUUCAUGCCAGUUCACCCCUGGUUACAGCCAUCUGAGGGAUGUGCCCCAGGUGGUGCCAGACACCAGAGACCUCACCACCAUCUCUCAGUGCAAAUGCUCGUCAGGUGAUGUGACCCGCAUGGAGCGCAUCAUCAUGGACAAGCUGGCCACAGACCUGCGCUGCCAGCCACCCGUUACGCCCCUUACGCUGCUCCGUCUCCUGCAUGCCGCUCAUUCCCAUCUGGCUGCCCCCCACCUUGCCCAGUCCUCACACCCUACAUCCCUCACCACCCUUGUGCACAAGCUGGAGAUCGUGGAGUGCGACGCAGCAGCUGCCACAUUCAGACCGUCAGAGCUGGCCCUGGCUCUUCUGGCACUGGAACUGAGGCACGAUGCAGCCAAUGAGCAACUUCACAAUGCUUGUAUAGAUCAUCUGCAAAACAUAUGCAAGGUGGCUGACGACAGCUUCAGUAAGUGCCAGAAGGUAGUAGCUGAACUGAUGGAUCAGUAUGAAAACCAGAGACACUCCCCCCACCGACAGCGUCUCGUAUGGAAGCUCUCCAACAGAACUCUUCGACAGCUGAGACCCACCGACAAGUUCACCACUCGGCUGCCCACCAUUGUUGAAAUGCAGGGUCCCU